ACGAUUUUAGAUGCACAUACUAUUUUCUGUCGUUGUGGUUCUCGCUGGUGAAUCUUUCCUUUGGCGCACUGACAGCGUUGCUCUCCAUUUUGAAUACCAAAGAUUCGCACCCACUCGGAUUGCCGAUGAUCAACUCCAAGGCACCCGAUAAGAAGAAAGGAAUGGAUGAGAAAAAAAGACGGCUGAUUUGUGAAUUACACAAAGGUGGCUACAAAUGGCAGCAAAUCCUCGAUCGCGUAGGUGUCAGCCGUGCUACAAUCCUGAAAGUCAUUAAAGCUGAAAAAUUAUCCCGACGACGCACUAAGCUGACUGAAAGCCUCAGAAAAGAGAUCCUAGAGCUAGUUCGCAAAGGAGAUCAGAGUACGGCAGAAAUUGCGAAGCAGUUCAACAUUUGCACGACCAGCGUAGAUCGAAUUCGGCUGAGGGCCACCGAAUCGCCAGUCACGGAAGAGCAAAGGAAAAUGAUCCUUCAAUUGUUCCAUCGCGGCUGCUCAAGGGCGGAUAUUAUGCGUGAGGUUAAAGUUGACGGAGAUGCCGCAUAUACUGUAAUUAGAAGUGCUUUGGCCGCGCAGCGGAAACUCUCCGUUACCCAGGCGCAACAAGAACAAAUACUGAACUGUUUCGAAGAAGGGCGGACUAAGGAGCACAUAUUGAAGAAGUUCGGCAUCACCGAAACGACUUUACAACGGAUUUUGCAGCAGAAUGGGAAAACGUUCCAGGAACGUUCCCGAAAAAUUUAUGAGGAGCGGCAAGCGUCUGUUCUGAAACUUCGUGCUCAGGGAUUAACAAUGAGGGCCAUAUCAAGGCAGUUGAAAAUUACCACGGGAGCAAUAUUCAAUAUUCUGCAAAAGAACUGUGACAACGCACCCAUCGCGGCUGAUGGGCUCCCUUUGAGCAGGGUUAACCUUGAAAUGGAAUCGAGCACUGCCGCCGGAGAAAAAGUCGUCCAGAAUUCGCCAAGUUCGCCAGUUAACGAGAAAGGCGGUAACAACAUAGCUGUCGGGUGUCGGAGGUCGGCUCGGGUAACAGCCUUGCAGCAAAGAAAUCAAGGAUGCAAACGCAAAAGUGUUUAUCAAGCCCAAACUUCCGAAUCAGAAGCAUCUGAUGCAGAAACCUCUGAAGCAAAAAGCGAUGCUUCCGAUGCAGUGAUAUCAGAAGAGGAAACAGAGACGUCGGAUGCAGGAACUUCCGAAGCAGAAACUGACACUUGUGAUGCGGAAGAUUCUGAAACAAAGACUUCCGGGGUAGGAACUUCCGGAUUUGAAUCGGGUCGUCUUGACGAAGGUCUGGUCGCACAGCAACCUGCAGUUACCGAAGCCGCUUCUCAUGGGCACGCUUCUACGGAUUCCCGAGAUGAAGAAGCACACCCUGGGAGUUCUAUGGCUCAACCCAAGCAACACAAACUGAACGAGAAAAACAAGCAGCUGAUCUGCGAAAUGUACAAAAGCGGCUGCACAUGGAGAAAAAUCGCAGAGCGCGUGGAUAUCAACAGUAAAACACUUCACAAGUUUAUCAAGGCAGCAAAGUUGCCCAAACGGCGCACCGAGCUGACUGAACUUCAGAAAAAUGAGAUCAGAAAGCUAGCGCGCGAAGGAACACUCAGUCCAGAAGAAAUUGCGAAGCGGUUCAGCAUUAGCGUCGAGACCGUAGGGACAUACCGACGAAUGAUCGUUACCAAUGCACAGAAGAAGAAUAUCCUCCUGCUGCAUCAUCGUGGGUACUCAAUAACCGAUAUUAUGAAAGAGGUUAAGCUGGGUGAAGAAGUAGCCGCUGUUAUUUCCCGCAGCUCGGUCAAGCGAACUAAGGUCUCUGUUAGCCAGAAAAAGAAGAAAGACAUACUGAACUGCUUUGAAGAAGGUCGCGGUGGAUCGUACAUCCAGAAGAAGUUUAAAAUCUCAGAGAGAACUUUAAACUGGAUUUUGCUACAGAAUGGCAAAUCCCUUCAGGAACGCAGCCAAAACAGCUACCUGCAGAGGCAAGCAGAUAUUCAGAAACUGCGCGCGGAGGGAUUGACAAUGAGAGCAAUUGCGAAACAGCUGAAACUGAGCGUUCGUACGAUAAGCAAGAUUUUGAGGAAAAACUGGGACCAAGAAGCGAGUGCGCCGGAUGUGCUUCCGUUGAGCAGGAAGUCACCUGCGAUGGAUAAUAAUAGUGACGCGGAAGAAGGAGUCGUCCUGACACCGGGAGUUGAUGAUGACGGUGGCAGCAAAACGGACCAUCGGCGCCGGAGGUCAGCUCGGUUGUUAGCCAUGCAACAGAGAGUUCCAGGCUCUGAAUGUGAACCUUGCUGUAAUUCCGAUUGUGGGAACACCUUCGAGUCUAAUCCCGACGAAAGUACCAGCCAUGUAAUCUCCGGAGAGCCGAGAGUGUGCACUGCCGCUGUGGACGCCUUACCGACAACUAUAAGUAUAAUCCAAGAAUCGACCACUACGAAUACGCAUAGUCUGCAGGAUGGAAAUGCUUCAGAAGUUCACGAACUUGACUGGAGAAGUUUCAAUGAAGGUCCAAUCGCACAGGGCGCACAGCCAACGGCAGUUAUCGAUGGCGCUGGUUACUACGGGGUCGCUUCUACGGAUUUCCGCGUAGAUGGCACGUUACUACUCCAUGACGCCGAAGACGGGGGUGUGGAUCGCAAUUCUGGGGAAAGUAGCCAAAGUGAAGCAGACGGGCACAAUGCGUCCGAGGUCAGCACUUACCACGAGCUAACACGCAGUUCCUUUGACGAUGUUUUCAUAGGGACUUGUAACCUCGCCGAUAUGGCCCAGACAUCGGGACUUUCGAUGGAGCGACUCCGCAGUAUGCUUGAAUCUGGACCAGGAAGUCAGGAGGCUGAUGCUCCAACAACAUCCACGUUCCAGCCAACCAUGACUGCCGAAAAUCAGGACGGUACGGCGUCCCAAUGCGAAUGUGUAGCAACGGUUACACAUAGUGGAGAUUCUGUGACUGGAUGUACACAACACGGCUCACCGAAUUUGCGUUCAUCGGUAUGCAGCAGUGAAACCGCAGGGAUGCCGGAACCUGCUGAGGUCAAUGAACUGCGUAACAAGGGCAGCCAGAACGCCGCUGCUGCACACAGCCACUAUACAGCAGAUACAACGGACCCCCCUCAGCCGCUGUCGCGCGUUAACGAAGCGCAUCACGUCACACCAUCCCAUCAACAUAACGUAGCCGACAGUGGACCGCCCAUCGCACCAAUCGGGAACAUAACCACCAUGUAUAUCGAACCUCGUGACAGCUCUCCAGAACGGCAACAUAACGAGCCGCCCAUCGUGCCAACUAGUAUUACGCCCAUCGCUUUGCCGGACCCGGCUGCACAGGAACGGGGAGCGGUUACGGACGGGAACAGUAGCCCAUUCCGGGAACUGCAGUCCAUCGUUCUGAAACUUCGCGAACAAGCAUGUUCUUAUGAAGCGGUUAGGCAGCAACUUAAAAACUGCUUCCUUUCCGCAGCCAUUUCCACGGGAGAUGCAGAAAUGCCGGGCUGCAGCCGCAAAGAACUCCCUCAGGUAGAAACAGACAGCCAUCAUUUUCGUGAAGCCAGCAGUCAUGGCGAGCAGCAACGCGAUUCCUGUGAUGAUCUUUUGGGGCAGAACGUAACCCACCCAAUGCAGGCAAGAUCGCGGGUAUAACGGCGAAACGUGUCCGCCGUAUCGUCAGGUCCGGGACACGACGCCAGCUGUGUGAUGCUCCAACAGCGUUUUGUGGUUUGUCAUCUAAGCCUGCCAAGGCUUCCAAACGUCCGAACGGGCCAGCGUCUCAAGGCAGACGCGCAACCACAUCUGCACACCACGAAGAUUCUAUGGCUGAACAUACUCCACACGCCCCACCAAAUUUACGUCCGCCGGUUUGUCGCAGUGAGAAAGAAGGGACACCGGGACCUCGUGAGCUAAAUGAAAACGCGGACAGCCAGAGCGUCGCUGUUGUGUACAGCCACCAAAUCCUUAGCGUCAGUACAAUGGAUACCCAGCGGCCGCAACCGUACGAGAGCGAAGCCUCUAGCAGUGCUCCAGAGCGUCAGCAUAACGUAACGGACAACGAACCGUUCGUCGAAUCUGCCAGCAGCGACGCCGUUGAGCGGGAUAUCCGCAGCGGAGAAUCACUGGUGACUUUUCAGCUGUCCAAUGCUCAACCGUUCACUGCAGUACCUGCCGAUGACAUAUGCGUGACUCCGGUAGCGACAUUAUGUCGGUUGGAAGCUCCAGGCGUCGGUAAUAUCGAGCGGCGGACAUCGGGAUCAGCCGUUGAUCACAUCAAUACGGAGCCGCUCCUAACUUCGCCCCAACUUGAGCGGAUGCCAUCUAAGGACCGACAACAACCGCAUACAACUUUAGAGCAUGCGGAUUCACUAAGCUGUGAAAGCGAGAAUAGUGACGCAAGUUCAUUACCACAUGACAACUGCGCUGUCGAAGUUCAUCCUCCACACUCAGGUAACGGAUCAGCAGAAACUCGGGAAAUCACAAACAGCGACAACUGCCGCGCCAUCGAGAGCCAGAAAGAAGUUACGGCUCUAGUGUGUGUGGAUAUUCGUGCGCGUUCACUCGAUGAUUAUUUCGGCAUGCGACACCCUCAACAAAACGGUGAGCGAGAGGAAGAUCACGUGGAAACGGAAGUACCGGAAAACAUUGUGUGUGGCACAGGCACAGAACCGGGGGAGUCUGCGAAUACCGCUUCUCAUAUGCCGGACAUAUCCGCAGACAACACCGCUUCACAAUCGCAGGAGAUUGCGAACAGGGAAAGCAGCCCAUCUCGAGAAAUGCAUUCCAUCGUUCCAGACUUGCGCCAACAGGGAUGUUCGCCUGAAGUGAUGCAACUGCACCACGAUGUUUGCUCCGUGUCCGAUGCCGCAUCCACGCAAGAUGGCGGUAGAGUUGCCGAAGGGCAGGACAACAACGACGAAGAAGCGUUCCCAACCGGCCAGCUCAGUAAUACUCAACCUUCGACUGCAUUUCCUAACCAUGAAACAUGCGUUACGCCGGUAUUCACAUUCCGGCCGAUCGAAACGGAAGAUGCUUUGGAUAACGGGCAGCAGCGGUCGGAUGCAGCCGCAGAUCCAACUUUUGUGGCUCCGAUCGUAGAACCACCUCGACCUGAGCCUAUGUCAAGUAAUCUCCAACAGCCAGAUCAUUCGUCCGAGCCUAUCCCAGAAGUCGGCGUGGAUGUGGAAACUGACACAGCACAAUUUCACUCCAGCCACAGUACAGGGCACCCAACUUCCAGUGAAUCACCAGUCCGAUGCGCGGGAACGGCUCCCGAGAUGCUGUUACUUCCGCCAGAAAAUUCUACCACGAGCAGUGUUCGCGCAAGAUAUCAGUGUCAGGUUUGUCGCGUAUCCUGCGAGGAAGAGGACGCAUUUCUCUCACAUUUGGCAAACAGGGAGCACGCACAGCUUUGUGCCACCGGGGUUUUUCUAUAUUGUACAGGAUGUAAGUUCAAAACCCGGAAAUCGGCAACGAUGGGCCAGCAUAUUGUCAAAUACCAAUCGCAAAGUACGUGGCAAAUCAGCGUUAUGCAUUCUGUGAAAGCUAUCCAUUGACUUAUGUCAACCGAAGCAUGCCUUUGAUCACUACAACUGGAACGCAUCGGCCAAGGAUUCUUCUAAACAGUGACACUACGCACUCCACUGACUGCGGACCGGGGUUCAAGAAAUAGUGAUUGUUGUUUGUCCAGGAAAUUGUUGUUAUUAUUAUAGUGCUUGGUGUUUUUCCAGUAAAUUAUUAUUGUUAUUAUCACUUGUGGGUUUCGCUGGUACUUGUGAAGAUAAAAUACGUAUCGGCAGCCAGCGUUGUAUUUUUGGAUAGAAAAUUAUUUUAAACAUUA